AUGGAGCUGCUCCGGGUGGCGCCUGACCUCGUGGCGCUGCAAGACAACGCGGGCCAGACAGCAAUUCACUGUGCAGCUGCUGAAGGACACCACAGCUGCCUGAACGAGUUGCUGGGCAUUGGCCGAACAGCCCGUGACGUACCGCUUGAGGUCGUGACAGCCAAGACCUUCAAGCAUGGGUGGACCGCGCUGCAUUAUGCAGCCCACAAUGGCCAUGCAGAGUGUUGCCGUGCCCUCAUGGUAGCCACUGGCCAGGCUCCGGAGCUAGUGGGCGCGCUGAACCUCACGGGGAGAACAGCACUGCACCUGGCAGCGCAGCGGGGUCAUGCCAAGUGCCUUGAAGUAUUGCUCAAGACCCACAUGGCGAAGCAGUUGCUGACCACCCAAAGCUUCGACGGUCACACGGCAAUGCACAUCGCCGCGCGCUUCGGCCGGCGCGGCUGCGUGAAGUCUCUGGCCCGGCGUCUCCCGGACCUGGUGAAGGUAAAGAACCACUCUGGCCACCCUUGCCUGCACGAAGCAGCCCGGAGGGGAAACGACAGCUGCGUGGAAACUUUGCUGGCGCUAGGUGGUGCGGUGGAGCUGUCGGCCACCUCGAAGAAGUACGCGCAUUCUCGGGGCCACAGUGAAAUUGCAGAUGCCUUGGUGCAGAUGGAGAAGCGGCUGGCAGCCCAAAAAUCGAUGAAGCGGUCGCGCUCUAUGCCUAACACUUUGCCAAACAUGACCUUCUAA